AUGAGGCCUUUACUCGUCUUUGGCCUGCGUGGUACCCUGCUGGAGCGCAUCCACGCCAGUCGCAUGCCGCCCGGUAUGCCCGAUGGUGCCAUCACUGUCGGCAUGAGCCGUGUGUGGCUGCGGCCAGGGGCGCUAGAGUCGCUGCAGGCGCUGCAGGAGCACUGCACGCUGGCCAUUUGGAGCUCGACGACGGCGCGAAACACGGCACCAGUGAUGGAAGCGGUGUUUCAGACGCAUAGCGGGUCCCCGAAGGUGCAGUUUGCGUUUGUGUGGUCCCGCGAGCACACGACGUCGGACGACUUUCGCCGCACGAAUGCCGCCUCCCGCGAUGAUCAGCACGCCACCGUGAAGGACCUGCGGGAGGUGUUCCACCGCUUUCCCGACAUUGCCACCCCGCAGAACACCGUCCUCAUUGAUGACACGCCAAGCAAAGGCAAGCAUAACGCGGCGAAUUUUUUGUGGCUGGAAACAUGCGAGGAGCUCAAGAUAGAGAACGCGCAGGUGAUGCCGGCGCUGCGGCGGUUUGUGGAGCAGACGCUGCUGGCGGAAAAGGACGUUCGGCGGCUGCUCCCCGUACGCAUUCCGUGGGAUUGA